AUGGCAAGGGAUGUGGAUGCAUUGGAUCUGCAGAAGCUCAAGGUCUUGCUCCGACGCUUUGACAAGGAUCACACCGGGACCCUGAGUCGGACGCAGUUUGAAGGGAUCCUCCGCAGCACCCUGCCAGCCACCGAGACGGUCAGCCGAGAUGACAUGGACCACAUGUGGUCCAAGUUUCCCAAGCGCGAAGAUGGAGACGCUGAGUAUGACGACUUCAUCAAGUGGAUCCUGAAGCCGAGUACUCCGCUGUCUGUGACCCCUUUGGGGGAGCUGGUCUUCUUCGACUUGAAAGCGGCCUUGGAGCCACUGUUCUGGGCUUAUGAUCAGAACCACGACGGCGUCAUCGGUUUGGAAGAGUUCAUGCAAGCUCAUGGAAUUCUGCAGAACGCGCUCCGCCUGAAUCCGGCAAAAGGCGGCGAUGUCGACCCUGCUGUGCUCAAGGGAGACUUACAACACUGCUACCUGGGCAUCGGCCAUGAGGGCGAGCGGCGGCUCACGUUCGCGAAGUUCAUCACGUGGCAACGGGACGCACUCAUGUUUUCAUCCCUGCCGCCGGACCUGCUUGCCAAGACGCUGAAGAGCGUAGCCAAGCAGCUCGAGCGAGUCUUCAAGCUCUCUGAACUGGAGAUGCGCGGGGAACUUUCCAUCUCUGACAAGCAGGUGCUUCUGAGGAUCCUGUCGCACCUGGCGCAGUUCAGCCGAGAGCUCUGGGGGCAGUCCGGCUCCCAGCGGGCACCGACACUGGCGCACAACUUUGCCAACAAGUGGUCGGCACCCGUGGUUGGCAUGGACGUGAAGCAUUUGAAGGAGGUGUUCCUACAUGAUUUCGAGACCAGCCGCCUGAAGUUCACUGCGCGUGUGGUGAGCCAUGAGUGGGAGGUAAUCUGUGUGCCAGCCAUCCCCAUGCCACAUCGCCCCCGAGUCUGGCUAGCCAAAAUGCAGUUGUUCUCAAACCUGAGCGACGGCCGGCAAAGAAGCAGCGGCUGGCAGUUCUACCGCUACCAACCGGAGCUGUUCACUUGGACCUUGACGGAGCCCGAAGCCUUCGAUGCAGCUUUGGAGGGCUUAAGUCCUGAGCUUCAAGUCUUCUGCCUCCUCAAAACCAUGGCUAACUUUGGGCUGCGCCUUACGUGGCCGGACCUCCAAAAGGCUUUAAAUCAAGCCGUGGACCUCCACGCCAUCACGGAGGAACAGCGCCGCCUCUGCAUUGCGGCUUUUGAGCAAAUGGUGGCCAAGGGCCUGGAUGCUGAGGGCCUCUACUUCGGGAGGGAGCGCCUUGAGAAGGUCUGUCAUGCCCUGACGACCUCUCCAAGCCACGUCAUGGGCAUCUUCGCCCUUUGA